CCGUCAUAACCAAAACCAUGCAUUUUAUUGUUUGAGAUCCAAAACCUACCACCGAGUUCUCGAAGAAAAGAAGGAAGGGCAAAGAUAAGGGAUGGGGAUCCAGCACCAGCUAUUAAGGAAUGCAUCCCUGGCUUCAUCCAAAACCUUAAAUGCUCUCACUCCCCAGAUUCCCCCUGCCCGGAUUCCAGGCCACGUUCAAUCUUCCAGGUGCAGCACAGCAUUAAGUCGGUCUUUCUAUCGAACCCCUUUAAAUUCAACCACAAACCUCCCCAAGAUCAGCACUUUAUCCAAACCCAAGCCGAGGUUGGUGUUGUCUCAUCCGAGCCGGAGGGUUGGUAUUGCGAUGGCGUCGUCGGGUUCCGUCCAGAAUUCGGAGGAGGAAUGGAAGGCGAUCCUCACGCCGGAGCAGUUCCGGAUACUUCGGAUGAAGGGAACUGAAUACCCAGGCACUGGUCAAUAUGACAAAUUCUUUGGUGAAGGCAUAUAUGAAUGUGCUGGUUGUGGGACUCCCCUUUACAAAUCCACUACCAAGUUCAAUUCUGGGUGUGGCUGGCCAGCUUUCUACGAGGGUCUUCCUGGAGCUAUAAAUCGCUCACCAGAUCCUGAUGGAAGGAGAACGGAAAUAACUUGUGCAGCUUGUGGUGGGCAUUUGGGUCAUGUGUUUAAAGGCGAGGGGUUUAACACACCAACUGAUGAACGACAUUGUGUCAAUAGCAUUUCACUCAAGUUCACUCCUGCCUCCUAAGCAGCUAAUUUCCUCUCAUGUUUAUUAUAUGUGAUGCCUUCCUAGAUAAAUAAUAAAGUUGACCUAUGUAUAAGGAUCUAUUAUCAUCAACUGCUUCAUAUUGUCGGUUUAUGAAUAAGGAUCUAUUAUCAUCCAAUGCAUCCUAUUGUCAAUGGAAAGUUAUGUAGAACGGCUUCAAACAUUCUUUCUGUUGUUCCUCUGAACUGUUUGCGGAUCCAUGCCUUAUUCUCAAUCUUCUUAACUGAAGACCCACACAAAAACAAAAACAAAAAAAAGAAAAGAAGAAGAAGAAGAAGAAAAGUCUUAAUUGAAGGGACAAAUUAUGAUCAAAUAUCACCAAUCCUCUGUCAUGAAAUGUACGAUGUGCCUCCUCUCUUAUUCGAAAACAAAGGGGAGAAUCAAAAACCAUCAGGGUUCAGGUACUCCAAUAUCAUCUUUUUUGAUUCUGGGAUCAGAAGUUUUUCCACAGCUUCUUACAAGGGAAUAUGAAGUUUUCAUUUUCUGCAAGAAGAAUGCCUGCCAUGAGUCACUUGUUCUAUGCAGAUGAUUGUUUGAUAGUGGCAAGUCUCAUUUGUAGGUAUAGUAAACAGUACUAUACCACAUGUUAAUCUUUCAGGUCAGAAGUCAUAAACUCGAAGUAUGGUCAAGCAUCUUGGUAUCCAGAUGGACAGCAUUCUAGGGUAAAGAGCAUGGUCAGAGAUAACUUCAGAGGAAACAAAACCUACCUGUUCCUGGAUGCAGAUGUCGAGGAUGCUCUUACUAGUUUUGCAAGGUCUCCACCAUUGAGGAGGUCAGAUCUCAGGGAGGGCAAGCUGAAAAUGGAAGGAAUUCUUGGUGAAACUCUUAGCAAGUUCAGCAUAUGGAGUCUCUACAUUAGUUUUGUGCUAGCAGCUGGCUGAUUUAUCAGACUUCAGUGUUCAGAACUCAGAAUGCGAAUAUUCUAUGAGAAUCUCCCAUCCUGCGACCGGAAUGGGAGGUGGGAAUGGGUAUCAUCCCCAAUUCCUAUGGUUGGUAACUUGCAUUGGGAAUAUUGAUUUCAGUAUCAGAUUGCCAUAGAAAAGGACAAACCACACCCAGGGGGCUUGGGUCAACCACCAUAGUGCUCUAUCUUCUUCAGUGGCGUCAGUGCUUGAAUCUUUUGGUAGGUAGAAAUGAGAAAUGCACUGCCAAGUUGAAGUACUAACUGCAUUAGAGGCCUGUAAUAGGUAUACUACUUUCAUGGGACGGCUUUGGUUAUCCACACAAUUAUAUAAAUUCAGUGUACUUGCUUUUUUUUUAUUUUUAGGCCUUCUUUUUCGAAAAUUUAUGAUUUAAUGUGCACUGAAAAAUUCCACAACAUAUUGUAUGAUUUCUCUAUGUUGUAAGAGAAUUCUGAAUUUUCUUUA